AUGAAAGGUGCCGAUAUUGGUGUAGGAUGGGUUGAUGAGACCGGCAGUGUACAUAUUCAAGAUCGCUAUGCAUUCGCCAAUGGACGUCCUAUGAUUGAUAAUACCACGAUUGAUUGGUUUGCUCUCCAAGGUCGUGAAGCAAGUGGAUGGACAGCUAUUCAAUUCAAGCGUUUACUAGACACUUGUGACAUCAUGGAUGUUCCAAUUAAGUCUGGUACCAAUAAUCUUAUUUUUGCUUAUGGUAUGACCGAUCCUAGUCCUUCAGGAUCAAAUGGUGAAAUCUCUUAUCAUCAAAAUCGACGCGGUUCACGUACUCUUCCUCUUCGAUCAUAUGCUGAUCCACCAUCCGAAGAGACAUUUGCUGGACUUGACUAUUUUGAAUUUCGUUUAAAUAAUCACAAGACAAUUGUUGAUUCAGCCAACUUAGAUCUUGUUCAUCAUCUACUAAUGUAUGAAUGUGAUCCAACAGCUCAAUUUGAUGAUAAUAACUUACCUGAUGGUUCAUGUGAUACAAUUUCUCAACAAUUAGCACCGUGCGCUUCUAAUAUUGCAACUGGUUGGGCUGUCGGUGGCGACUAUACGGUUGCAUUUCCAGAAGAAGCUGGAUAUCCUGUUGGAGGUAAUUUCCCUAUCAAGUAUUAUCUGGUUCAAAUGCAUUAUGACAAUCCAAAUCAACUUUCAAAUCGUACGGAUAGUUCAGGUAUUCGUUUUUACAUUGGAAAAGAACUUCGUCAAUAUGACCUUGGCUAUUUGACUUUGGGCACUGAUUCAAGUGCCAUUGGUCUGGCUAUUCCACCAAAAGUGGAGCGAUUUAUUGUUGAUUCGUACUGUUCAGCAGAUGCUACAAUGAAUUUUCCCGAAGAGGGAAUAACAAUUGUCUCUGCUUUUCCACAUACACAUUUGCAAGGUCGAACAGUAUGGACGAAAUUGAUUCGAAAUAAAACAGCUGUACAAUAUUUAUUCGAUGCAGAAGCCUAUGAUUUCAAUUAUCAAUACGAAAACCGUUUACCACAAUCGAUCAAAUUAUUUCGAACUGUCGAUCGAAUAUUCAAAGUAGCAAACGAACUUCUUGAUAUUGAUCCACUUUGUAUUGAUACAGAUGAUCUAGUUAGAAUCAUUAGAGGUAAACCAUUUCAUAUGCACUACGUAACUAUUUUUGCUACAAUAGAUUCUGUUUAA